UAUAUAAUCUAAAUCAUAAGUAUAAUAACCGGAUCCAACAAUCCAAUCCAGUAGAAAUCAGAACAACGAUUAUUAAACUAGUCUAUCUGAUCCACUAGGAAAACGACGUACGAACAACAACGGUAUUAAGUGAUAAACUAGUCCCCCCACUAGGCAUAUAAAACGACGUCUUCCGGCUUCACAUAGGGAUCUCAUCAAACAAACUAAAAAACACACCUCUUUCAUUCAUUCACUUUACAUCGGUCCAAAAAAUGGACAAAACAGCAGUAAACCUACCCAUCCAUGAGCAUCCUCUUUUUCCUUCUUCUCGUACUAUUGAGGGCGAAUGUGAUGGCUGCCAUGUCAAUAAUUAUAUAUACAGGGGCUACUUUUGCAAUGAACCUUACUGUUAUAUUUGGUUCCACAAGGAGUGCGCCGAGGCCCCACGGGAGAUCAUCAACCAUAGUUUCCACCCCCAACAUGCCCUCUUGCUCACCAAUGACCCGAGAGAUGCUCCAUGCGAUUUGUGUGGACAAGAGCUAUCGUUUCCCUCUUAUAGCUGUUCCACAUGUGAGUUCAAGGUUGACUUGGCUUGUGGGAUGAAACCAUCACCGCUAGCUAUCGAACAUCCGAUGUGUCAUGACCAUCCACUUGUCUUCUUGAAGGUACGAGAGGAGAAAGUCCCUUGUGAAUUAUGCAAGGAAUCUGUUGACGGACCAUCCUAUUCAUGUCUUGAGUGCGGUGUAUACUUCCACGUGAACUGCGUCCAUCUCUCGAAAGAGGUACAUCAUCCUUGUCAUUCUAUUCAUCCUCUCAAGCUAAUCGCAUCUGAAUCAUUUACGGAUGAUGAUGCCGAGUCAGGGUGUCGUUUAUGUGGAAAAAUACCAGACGACGUGCUCUAUCACUGUUCCAUUUGCAAUUUCACAUCUUGUGUUGGUUGUACCAAAAACCCACCACCACUUGUUAUUGAGCACAUCAAGACCCACGAACACCCACUUACUCUCUUUCUUAGGAGAGCCACAUGUAUAUGUGAUGUUUGUGGGGACGAAAGCGAGUGUGCCUUGUAUGUAUGUCUUCAAUGUGAUUUUAUUACUGCAAGAGCGUGUAUCGACUUACCCCGUGUCAUCAACAUCAAUCGUCAUGAUCAUCGCAUUUAUUUCACUCACCAUCUCGGCGAAGGGUAUUCAAAAUGCGGAGUUUGUCACAAAAAUGUAAGUCAGUACAAGGGGGCUUAUUUUUGCUCUGUUUGCCCUGACUUUGCUGUUCAUUCUUCAUGUGCGGUGAGAACUGACGUAUGGGAUGGUGUAGAAUUGGAAGGGACACCUGAGAUCACGGAAGAUGUUUCACCAUUCAAGGUGGUGGGUAAUAACUUGAUACGUCAUUUUAGUCAUAAAAGACAUAUUUUGAAGCUCCACAAAGAUGUUGUCGUUCAAGAAGAGCAUGUAUGGUGUGCAGCAUGUAUCCAUCCAGUUGGAUUUGACCCGAUCUACCGCUGUAAAAAGUGUCCUUUCAUUCUUCAUGAAAAGUGUGCUAAUCUUCCUAAGCAGAAAAGGCUUGUCUUUGGCAUCAGACCGUAUAAAUUAAUAAAAGGUGGUACCGGAGUUAUAGACUGCAAGCUUUGCGGGAUAUUAUCUGAUGGUUUCACGUACAUCUCCAAAGAUUGGCUGGAUGUAGAUGUACAUUGUGGUUCCCUUGAUGAGCCUCUCCUUCACGAUGGCCAUGAACAUCCCUUAUAUUUUGAUAAAAUUGAGGACCACUAUUGCGAUGGAUGCGGAAACGAUGUGAAUGAUUUUAUACUUCGUUGUGAAGAUUGUGAUUUCGAUUUGUGUUUAAGUUGUGCCAAGUUGCCGAAAAAGAUAUGGCACAAGAACGACGGGCACCCUCUCUUCCUAUGUUGCGGCAAAGAGGAAGAUGUGAGCGGUACUAAAUGUUGGUGCGACAUUUGUGAGAAGGAAUUAGAUCCAAGUAUAUGGUUCUAUACAUGUUGUGAUUGUGGAGUUACCUUGCAUGCUAAGUGCGUACUUGGAGAUUUCUCACGUCUCACGCCAGGAUCAGUCUUCGUCUUUGGGGGAACAGAAAAUGAGCUUGAGGUGGUUCUUAAUAAUCACAACACUCGACCAUUUUGCAUUCAAUGUCACUCUCGAUGCAAGGCUUCCGUCAUCCUACAAGAUUCUAAUGAAGAAAAUGUGUAUAUUUGUUCCCGUUCAUGUUUAUCGAUUUAUUUGGGAGAAGAAAUUUAAACUUAUGUUUUAUGUAUGAUGAGUGGUUCUAUCAUGAUUCUAAAUUUGUAAUUUGCGGUUUUAUCUUUUUGUUUUUUCCAAGAAGGAAAAUGUAAUCGAGAGUGAUUUCUAUU